UGGGUGGGGUAGUCGACUGGACAGAACUGGAUUGAAGUCAUUGGUUUCUCGUGAGCGCCAUAAUGCUAUGCAAGGACUGACUCUGCUAUAAUCUCCUCUGCCCUGAUCCUCUUCCUUCGUCUCUCUGAUUCUCUUACCUUAAAUCUCCAUACGUUUGCUAGGAAAAAUGCGUGAGGUGAUAUCUAUCCACGUUGGCCAAGCGGGAGUGCAGAUGGGCAAUGCCUGUUGGGAGCUGUACUGCUUGGAGCACGGUAUCCAGCCUAAUGGACAGAUGCCAUCUGACAAAACAGUUGGCUAUGGAGAUGACUCCUUCAAUACAUUCUUUAGUGAAACUGGUGCAGGGAAACAUGUUCCCCGUGCUGUCUUUGUUGAUUUGGAGCCAACUGUUGUGGAUGAGGUUCGUACUGGAACCUAUCGUCAACUUUUCCACCCCGAGCAGCUCUUGACUGGCAAGGAAGAUGCUGCUAAUAACUAUGCCCGUGGUCACUACACUGUUGGGAAGGACAUGAUAGACGUUGUCAUGGACCGGCUCCGUAAACACGCUGACCAGUGUAACGGUCUACAAGGCUUCCUUGUAUUUCGUUCCUUUGGAGGUGGUACUGGGUCUGGGUUUGCUUCUCUCCUUAUGGAGCGUCUUUCUGUUGAUUAUGGAAAGAAGUCCAAGCUUGAGUUUUGCGUUUAUCCUGCUCCUCAAAUCUCUACUGCAGUUGUUGAGCCAUACAACUCUAUCCUUACCACCCACACUACCCUAGAGCACUCUGAUUGUGCUUUCAUGGUUGAUAACGAGGCCAUUUAUGACAUCUGUCGCCGUAAUCUAGAUAUACAGCGUCCAACCUACACUAACCUCAACAGAUUGAUUGGGCAGGUAGUAUCCUCUAUGACUGCUUCUCUUCGUUUUGAUGGUGCUCUUAACGUUGAUCUUAUCGAGUUCCAGACCAAUCUGGUACCUUACCCACGUAUCCAUUUCCCUCUUGCCACCUAUGCU